AUGAAGGAUGGAGAAACCAUUGAUGAGAUGUUUGAGAAAUUCUCAAUCAUCAUCAACAGCCUUGAUGCUAUGGACUUAACGCACAUCGAACAAACUCUAGUAAGAAAAGUCCUUAGAAUCCUCACAAAAAAGUGGGAAACAAAAGCCACUGUUCUAGCCGAGAGUAACAACCUGAGCUCACUAACCUAUGAUGAGCUGAUAGAAAAACUUUUAGCUUAUGAAACCACACAUACAAGCCAAGACUCAAAGAAAAAUGGAAUAACCCUAAAAUCAAAAGUAGAACAUGAUGAGAGUGAGUCUAGUGACAGUUUUUUAGAUAAUGAACUUGUGUUUUUUGCUAGAAGACUAAGGAAGCUAAUGAGAAACAAAGGCAGACACAAGGGGUCAAGCUCAAAAGAAUACAAGAAGGAUUUGAGUAAAGUGAUUUGUCACAAUUGCAAGGAAGUUGGAUAUUUCAAGUUCAAUUGCCUAAAGCUCAAGAAGGAGGACAAAGGGAAGAAAAAAAAAAAGAAAGUGCUCAUGGCUUCUUGGGAGGACCUAGAGAAUGAUUCGGAUGAGGAAGAGGACUCCGAAUAUGAAGCUCAAGUCUGUUUUAUGACUGGUGAAGAUCAACUAGAUGAGGUAAAUUACUAUGACCUAUCUAUAAAUGAUUUACAUGUUAUUGUUGAUGAUCUCACCCAUCAUUUUGAGAAAUUGCUGAAUAAAUAUAACAAAUGCAAAUCUGAAAAUGAAGUGUUGAAGGCUGAAAAUGAUUUCUUGAAAGAAAAAGUGAAGGAGAUCGAAUGUGCUAUUGAUCUCAUUGAAAAAAAUAGAUUUUUAAAAUCUGAAAUUGAAAAGCUUAAAGGAAAGCACAUUAUUGAUUCUUCUCAAAAACUUGUUGCUGAAAAUGAAAUAAUUAAAAGGUUGAAUAGUGAUUCAGCAACAUUUGCUCAUAGUUCAAGCAACUUGGACAAAUUACUUGUUAACCAAAGACCGUUGUUUGAAAAAUCAGGUUUGGAGUAUGUGUCAAAAGAGGAUGCAGUUUUUGAAAAAUCAAUUACAAAAGUCAUGACCUCUUCUUCAAAAACAAAACCCACUUUUAAUAAAUCUGGUAUUGGAUAUGUUUCAAACAAAGAGGCUGCCUUUGAAAAGCCACUUUUUUGA